UCAACGCGGUCGAUGAUCGUUCGAAUCGCUGGAUAUGGAGAACCGAAUCACGUGGCAACAUGCACAUGGUUUUCAGGCUAUGAAUGAAAAUAUCUGGCAGAUUUUCUGCAGAAGCCUUUAGAGGAAACCGGCAGGUCUUCCAAGCCAUAAAGGGAGACCAGAGGGGCUGGACCACGUCUCUACAGAGAGGAGGCAAUCCGUCCGUGUAUUUUGUCGAGAGAGGCGGGGGAAGGGGGUGUCUCUAAGGGCGGCUACGACCAGAAAUUUCGCAGAGAUGGAGUUUCUGCAGAAUCAUCACACGGUGAACACCUCCGAACCGCCGUACACCCUUGGCACAGGUUCGGUAGGAAGUAUCGAGGCCACCAUACCUUCCGGCCUGUGCACUGGGUCCCUUGGUGUCCUGUCCACCGAAGACACCUUAACGGAUAAUCAAAACGAAGAGACUCUGGGUGCGCUGCAAGGCACGCUUCGUCUACAGGAUCUGCAAAAUUCUCCGCAAGACAUUGGCGGUGAUCAAACGCAACACAUCCAAAAUUCCGGACAGAACCAAGUAGUCAGCGAGUUCGGGGCCAGCUUCUGGGUCGACGAUAUGGCUGGUUUUCCAUUGCCACCGCUGGACUUGGACCCGUUACCUCCUGGUCUCUUCAGCCCAUGCUCGGCAACCUACAAUUGGGGUUGCACCAGAGGAGAAUGUGCGCCGAGAACGAGCAACGCGAACGGGGAAGGUGUCGCGGACGUCUUACUGUCGCUAAAACAUGCGGUGGUCCAUCCUGGAAGUCCUACCGGCGGAUACUACUCCACGGGAGGAUCGAGUCAUCAUUAUUCUCAAGAUUAUACUCAAAAUCUUGGCCCACCUGUCCCACCCACGCAUUACGCGUCUACACCAGCCAUGUCUGUGAACGUUUCUAUGAAUAUGACCAUGAACAUGAACAUGCACUCUGGGUACGAGCAAAGCUAUUCGUCGGCAUGGGGCGUGGAACCCCUGUUAAGUCCCGCCCAGCAGUAUAAUCCUGUGGAGCAGCAGGCAAGGGUGAAUCAACCCCCGGCCAAUAGUCUGAUCGGCACCGGUACCCAUCCUCAUUCUCAUCCCCCGGCGCACGGCCAUUCCAGGCUGCAAUUGUCCAGUGAGCAUGCUCUGUGCAUAGGCGCCACCGGGAACCCAGUCACACCCGACGACAAUGGCAGACCUAACCUAUGCCGAAUUUGCGGCAAGUCGUAUGCGCGACCCAGCACCCUCAAGACGCAUCUUAGAACGCACUCUGGGGAGAAACCGUUUAGAUGUCACGCGUGCUCCAAGGCAUUUAGUCAAGCCGCGAAUUUAACUGCCCAUGCAAGAACUCAUUCGGGAGAAAAACCAUUUCGAUGUCCAGUGUGUGAUCGGAGAUUUUCGCAAAGCAGUUCCGUAACCACACAUAUGAGAACGCACUCAGGAGAACGUCCGUAUAGAUGUCGAUUCUGCAAAAAGGCAUUCUCGGAUAGUUCUACAUUAACCAAACAUCUUCGUAUUCACUCUGGCGAGAAACCAUAUCAGUGUAAGCUGUGCUUGCUGAGGUUUAGCCAAAGCGGUAAUCUGAACAGGCACAUGAGAGUCCAUGGCGGUUCUCUAACGUGACACAGCUCAAUAUCGAUUAUCGAUAACAAUCGUGUUCUACCGCGAUGUUGUCGAAUACCUGUGAUUCAACUUGGCUCGAGCUUACCAGCGAAAAUGUAAAAUAAAAUAACUGCGACGAAUGUUGAUACUCUC